UAUUGAAGCUAGUAAUAUUGCUGUAAACUGACUAAAAUGGUGCAUUGGGUUUUUGUUUGUAAAAUUUUUGCUGUGGCUCAAAAAUGUUUAGGAAACACUGCCCACUCUGAUGAUGUGUCCCUCACUCCCAGUCAUUGUCUGACUAACGUUACCUAAUUCAAUGCUUUCUUUAUGGCUGAUACAUCUGGGGUGGUCUACGGCGGGUCAAGGAAAGAAUAAAAUGACAACGCAGUGAUCUGCUGCUGUGUUGUCCAGUGUCCACUUCACUCACCGAGUAAUCUGCUGCACUUGACUGACAAUAUGGACUUAAACAACGUUAGACGAGCUUCCUCUGCAGGAUACCGGUUACCGGAACGAUACAGCCGGGCCGCGCCUUUAUUAACCCAGCCAGUCCCAGACUGGACGCGCCGGACCAGAGACCGAGACGCGGUGUCCUCGGAACAGACUCCAGUCACGAGUGAUCCAGUUAAACAAGACACACUGUGGAAAGAACUGGUUUGGAGUGAGAGAAGAGGAUUACAAGAAUGGGAGAAGAACUGGAACUUUCUUACGAGCUACGAUGAAAUGGGGCAACUGAAGACUGAAGAGCCUCUACCUGGCUAUGUUCCACUCUUUUCUGACCGUGUUCCCAACACAACCAACCAGGUAUUUGGCAGCAGACUGUCCACUCCACUGGGUAGUGAGCUGGUCAAACUGGAUAGGCUACUACUCUGGUCGCGAAGCCAAUACAAGUGCAAGCAGGCUGCAGAUAUGCUGCCCUACUAAACAGCUCUGGUGAUCAAUCAUCUACUGCACCCAUAAUGUAUGCAUGUUUAACAUUAUUGAGAAUGAUUGAACUUACUGAUAACCUACAUGGCAAAAAAUCAUGUUGAUGUCAAUGUUCAUCAAUGUUUAACAAUGUAGAGUGUUAUUGUUAAACAUAUUUAUUUUGUAUUGUUUCUGUUGUUUUAAAAUAUCAACAGACAACUACUACCAAUCUCAAAAUCUGCCGUAAAGAGACAGUUGAGAAGAGUAGUUGUCAUUGGCAACAUCCAUGCCAUCUGAGCUCCAUCAAGAAUUUAAUACUAAGUAAGAUACUGGAUGACUUGACAAGAUACCUGAUCUGAUUUGGAUGAGCUAAAAGUUGCAUCACUGCAUUUCUUUGCCUAAAAGGACAGGGGAAAAAAUGUGCGAAAUAGACAACAUGGAAAACAAAAACCACACAUUUUGACCCACAAGGUCAAAUAUAGUGUGGAAUAAUUUAUAUUACAUAUGUAUUAGUUUAUUUAGUUUCAUCUUAAAUUUGAUGAAUCCCAAGAUAGCUGCAACAUAUUUUAUGUGAUUUUUAUGUAGCUUUUGUAGUCCGUCUAUGUAGUCUGUGUUGGUGCUUUUGUAGCAAGUCAUUUUGUGCUUUGGGAAAAAUCACUGCCCCUUACAUUUUGCUACAUAGUCUUGAUUGCUAUUCCAAA